UGAACUUGGAGAAUGAAAUUGGAAAGGAAGGGCGGGCACCAGGGGUGGAACCAGGGAAGCUUGGAGGGAGGACCCGGUCCCGGAGAGCAGAAUUGCAGGGACAGAAGUGUUCACUUGGCGGAAUGGAUAUAUAGGGGGCGUGUCAGGUCCAGAAGGCGGGUUCAGGUCAGGCUCCUGAGCUAGUUCCAGGGGCUAAAGAACCCGGAGGGCGGGACGGGCACUAGGGCGGGACUAAUGGACCUGGAGGGUGGAUACCAGGGGUGACGAACUUGGCGGAGACAGGGCUGGUGCCAGGGGGAACCUGGAGGACCGAGUCGCUAAAGGAGGCGGGGCUGGGGGGCGUCUACUGGGGAGCGCGCGGGAGUCCACGGCAGGCCCAGCACCGCCACCCGGCAUCUGCGCCAGCGGCAGAAGGAAAGAGCUAGCCAAACAAGGGGCAGAGCUGAGGCCAAAGCCCUCGGGCAGUGGGCGUGACCUCUGUUGUCCCGCUCAAUCCCUGCACCCCUUCCCUGUUGGCUUGGACCGAUGAAGCGCACCGUUGGAGGCCAGGGAAGCUGAGGUGGUGGCUAGGGCUCUUGGACCACCAGCGACCUCUCAAUCGCCCCUAUGGCACUACCUGGAGCCGAGGGCACGGCAGACACGCCACGGUCCCCAGGCCGGGGCGACUCGGGGUGCUCCUCCUCCGGGAUGUGGGCCGCACUUUAUGACUACGAUGCGCGCGGCGAGGACGAGCUGAGCCUGAGGCGCGGCCAGCUGGUGGAGGUGCUGUCCCAGGACGCGGCAGUGUCAGGCGACGAGGGCUGGUGGGCCGGCCAAGUGCAGAGACGUCUGGGCAUCUUUCCCGCCAGCUACGUGGCGCCGUGUGGCCCGGUGCCGCCGCCUGCGCCGCCCCUGCCGCAGCCCUACUCACCGGUGCAUGUGGACUUCGAGCGCCUGGAGCUCAAGGAGCUGAUCGGCGCCGGCGGCUUCGGCCAGGUGUACCGAGCCACUUGGCAGGGCCAGGAGGUGGCGGUGAAGGCGGCACGCCGGGACCCUGAGCAGGACGCGGCGGCGGCGGCCGAGAGCGUACGGCGCGAGGCGCGGCUCUUUGCCAUGCUGCGGCACCCUAACAUCAUCCAGCUGCGGGGUGUGUGCCUACAGCAGCCGCACCUCUGCCUGGUGCUGGAGUUCGCGCGCGGCGGGGCACUCAACCGCGCGCUGGCAGCCGCCGCACCGGAUCCCCGAGCUCCAGGCCCCCGCCGCGCACGCCGCAUCCCCCCUCACGUGCUGGUCAACUGGGCGGUGCAGAUUGCCCGCGGUAUGCUCUACCUGCACGAGGAGGCUGUGGUGCCUAUUCUGCACCGCGACCUCAAGUCCAGCAACAUUUUGCUGCUGGAGAAGAUCGAACAUGAUGAUAUUUGCAACAAGACACUGAAGAUCACGGACUUUGGGCUGGCGAGGGAGUGGCACAGGACCACCAGGAUGAGUGCCGCAGGGACCUAUGCCUGGAUGGCUCCUGAGGUCAUCAGGUCCUCCCUGUUCUCCAAGGGCAGUGACAUCUGGAGCUAUGGGGUGCUGCUGUGGGAGCUGCUUACAGGCGAGGUCCCUUACCGUGGCAUCGAUGGACUGGCUGUGGCAUACGGGGUGGCCGUCAACAAGCUCACACUGCCCAUCCCAUCCACCUGCCCUGAGCCAUUUGCAAAGCUCAUGAAAGAAUGCUGGGAACAAGACCCUCAUAUCCGCCCUUCGUUUGCCUUAAUUCUUCAACAGCUGACUGCCAUUGAAGGGGCGGUGGCGACUGAGAUGCCCCAGGAGUCUUUCCAUUCCAUGCAGGAAGACUGGAAACUGGAGAUUCAGCAAAUGUUCAACGAACUUCGAACCAAGGAGAAGGAGCUGCGAUCCCGGGAGGAGGAGCUGAGUCGAGCCGCCCUGCAGCAGAAAUCCCAGGAACUGCUGCUCAGACGCCGGGAGCAGCAGCUUGCAGAGCGUGAGAUCGAUGUGCUGGAGCGGGAGCUGAAUGUCCUCAUCUUCCAGCUGAACCAGGAGGCUCCGCACGUGAAGAAGAGAAAGGGGAAGUUCAGGAGAGGCCGGCUGAGGCUGAAAGAUGGCCACCGCAUCAGCCUGCCCUCAGAUUUCCAGCACAAGAUCACAGUGCAGGCCUCCCCAACCCUGGACAAGCGCCGGAGUUCAGACAGCCGACUCUGCAGCCCACCCAGCAGCCCCUUGAUGCUCCCCCGCCUCCGAGCUAUCCAGUUGACUUCAGAUGAAAGCAAUAAACCCCGGGGGCGGAAUGUGGUCUUCCGACAAGAAGACUUCGAAGAUGUGAAAAGGAAUUUCAAGAGAAAAGGUUGUACGUGGGGACCAAGCUCCAUUCAAGUGAAAGAAAAACCAGAGGGCCGAGAGCGGGUCAGGCCUCUCUCAGAUGGCAACAGCCCUUGGUCGUCUCUUUUAAUAAAAAGUCAGAAAACUACACCUUUGGCUUCAUUGUUUGUGGACCAGCCAGGAUCUUGCGAAGAGCUGAAACUUGUCCCUGAUGGAUUGGAACAUAGAAAACCAAAGCAGAUGAAGAUCCCUGGCCAGGCCUAUGUUGGUCUGCCUCUUUGCAAAGACAGCCAGAGAGAGCACCCCGUAGAGGCUGAGAGUCGGGAGGAGGAACCCUCUAAAGGUUCCCCAGUGAACAACGUGGGUGCACCCAUGCUGAGGAAGAAAACAGAGACUGCUCUGUAUGAGUGUGGGGUGCUGUUGGCAUCGCUGGCUUUGGGCCUGGAUGUCAAGAAACUACACAGAACCCAGGCCCCCAAAAAGCCAUCACUCAAAGAGGGAAAGAAGCCAGAAGGCACUCUUCAGUGGGUCUCUAAAUGCCAAACAAGUACCAGUCCACUUCUGAGACAGCCAUCUGCAGGCAGGGCACCCAGCGAUGACCCCUCUCUCCUGGCACCAAGUGCCACAAGCCUUUCCUCGAAGUCUUCUCUCUCCACGAAGUGCUUGCUGCAGGCUGAUGAAGAGGAGCCAUCUUUGGGGAGCACUCAGAUCUCUUGUGGUCCCACAAUGCUCACUCCAGAUCCCUGUUCUGCUACCCCAGAAAGCAGCUGUGAACUCAUCCCUGAACCAAGACUUAAGAAUGACUAUGGUGUCUUGAGAGGCAUGUCCCCUGCCUUACUGGAGCAGACAGGGGAGAAGCUGCCAGCCUGUACUACUGUAGGAGACAAAGAAUGCCAUCAUGCAUGGAUGGGAUCCAAAGAAACUCCAUUCCUGCCUCAAGGUGCCCAUGGAGACUCUGGACCACCACACUCUGCCUCACCUGGCCCUCAGAGUGAGCUGGCAAGCCAGGACUCUCCUGUGAAACCCCAAGGUGUUCUGGCCAAGCAUCAGGCAUGCCCUGCUGCACCACAAAGUUCACAUACUGCUUCGUUGAGGACAGCAUCCCCACCUGUCUGGGCCUGUGACAUGGAACAUGCAGUACCAACCCUUGCCUGUCUCCUUGGUGCCCAGGAGAGAAGCAGGUGCCAGGCACCUUCCUUGCUGGAAGCCAAUGUGGAAGGUCAGAGGAAGGACUGUGCCACAUCCUUGUGUAGAGUGAGGAGUGUGACGUGCCAGCCGUCCAUCUAUGCCCUGGAGAAAGACUUUCUGACCUGAGUGCCUUUGCCCUCCCAGCACUACCAUUUGAGGUGGACACAAUGAGGCACUGUGCCUUUGUGCCUUGGCUCACACUUGUGGCCCAAGAGGCUAGUGGUAGAUGUGACUCUGAGGUAUACCAGUGACUGCCGUGGGCUGUCCAUAUUAUGUCCACUGGAUGCUAGUUACCCAGUGACUUGAAAUGCACAGACGUUCAGUCAGCUGAGGCGGGGUCAUCGUGGCCAGCUUCCACGCUUCGUUCUCGUGGGUGUCCUGCCCACCGGGACACGGCAAAACUGCAGUGACCAACCCUCUUUACUUCCUCCCCUCAUCCUUGUUCUCUUCUCUUGUCCUUUUGGGUGUUUGUUCGUUUUUUGUACAAUAAAAGCCAAGAAAUGGCUAUUCAUGUCUUGGCAAUAAUAAUGUGAUGUUAGGAAGUAAAGAUAUUUAUUUAUAGAAGGGAAAAAGGUUCUAUUGAUUGGAGUUAAUCUGGAGUCCUAUUUAAACUACCCAGAGAAAGCAGUAGCCUUGUAAUGUGAAAGUAUGUCCAGUUGACUCCUGAAUUCACAGACCAUCCUCUUCCAGGAGGUUCUACUAAAUGUAACUUAUAAAAGUUUUACUGAGGCCCAGAGAGAUGGCUCAACAAUUGAGCAUGCAUGUAGCUCUGUUGGAGGACCCAAAUUCAGUCCCCAGCACCCACGUCAGAUGGCUCACGACUGCCUGUGACUUCAG